AUGUGGAUGAACCUCGCUACCAAGUUAAAGGGAAAAUCCAAGGUUGACGAGGCAAAGAAAAUGGAGUCCGAAUCCGAAAGAUCCGCUGGAUCGGCUAAGGUGACUUUUGUUCUCAAGUUGUUGAGCGAUAUUCGCUUAUGUAUGUGCAUGCAGUUGGAGUCAUACCGAGACGAGACUUGGAAUUGUGUCCUCGGCGGGGAUCUAUUCAAACGGAUAUUUACGGGCAUGGACCUAAUGAAUGGAGAGACAAAUUGUCCGAAAAAGCUUCUGGCUCCUUGUGGUGUGGUUGAUCCGGUGAAGGGCGGAGGCGAGUAA